AUGAACCCAGACUUGCAGAACACAUCCCGUGAACAUGGUCGCUGGCUGGCUCAGUCGUCCGAGAACACCUCCGCAGCGGGCGCCUCUGUGGUCCCCUUCCCGGACAGCGUGAAUCCUUGGGACAUCCUGCUCUGCACCUCGGGCACUGUCAUCUCCUGCGAGAACGCCGUGGUGGUGGUGACGAUCUUCCACAGCCCCAGCCUCCGAGCCCCCAUGUUCGUACUGAUCGGGAGCCUGGCCGUGGCGGACCUGCUAGCUGGCGUCGGGCUGAUCGCCAACUUCGCCUUCGCCUACCUGCUGCGGUCCGAGGCAGUCAGGCUGGUGACGGUGGGGCUGGUGGUCGCCUCCUUCUCCGCUUCCAUCUGCAGCCUGAUGGCCAUCACCAUCGACCGCUACCUCUCGCUGUAUUAUGCAUUGACUUACAACUCGGAAAGGACGGUCACCUUCACCUACGUCAUGCUCGUUGUUCUGUGGGGGGUGUCCACCUGCCUGGGGUUUCUACCUGUGCUGGGCUGGAACUGCCUGCAAGAUGAAUCCACGUGCAGCGUCAUCAAGCCGCUCACCAAAAACAACGUGGCCGUGCUCUCCGUGUCUUUCCUGCUCAUGUUCGCGAUGAUGCUCCAGCUGUACAUCCAGAUCUGUAAGAUAGUGAUGAGGCACGCGCACCAGAUCGCCCUGCAACACCACUUCCUGGCCACGUCCCACUAUGUGACCACCAGGAAAGGGGUCUCCACCUUGGCCAUCAUUCUGGGCACCUUCGCAGCCUGCUGGAUGCCUUUCAGCGUUUACUGCUUGAUAGCGGAUUACACCUACCCCUCCAUCUACACCUACGCCACUCUGCUCCCGGCCACCUAUAACUCCAUCAUUAACCCUGUCAUCUACGCCUUCCGAAACCAGGAAAUCCAGAAGGCGCUUUGGCUCAUAUGCUGUGGCUGUAUUCCCCCCAACGUCUUAUUACGAGCGCGUUCCCCCAGCGACGUAUAA